AUGCUAAAAGUUUUAACUACUAUUGCUACUGUUGGAUUUGCACUUGCUUAAAAAGGAGCAAUCAAAGUCAACCCUGAAUCCAGACUCAUGGAAGACGCACACAACAGAUCAGUCUUGUUCCAUGGUGUGAACGUUGUCUACAAAGUAGACCCGUACAUCCCCUCCAACGACAAAUUUGAUCCUCAACUAUCAAUGACUGAUGAGGAUAUUGACAAUCUCGUAAAAUGGGGUUUCAACUUUGUCAGAUUAGGAGUCAUGUGGGAAGCGGUUGAGAGAUCUCCAGACGUUUUUAAUCAUACCUAUCUCUAAGAAGUUGAGAAACUUGUCAACAAGAUGGGGGAAAAGGGUAUCUACACGUUGGUAGAUGCUCAUCAAGAUGUGUUUGCCAGACAUAUCUGUGGAGAGGGUGUGCCUGAUUUCUAUGCCUCAGAUGAUAUCCUUGAUCAUAAGUGCACUGGUGGACUCAUUCCUUGGAUAGCUACUCUAAUUGGAGCUUGCAAGUCAAUAAAAGACUAUGGCUUUAGAUUCGAUUAAAACGGAGACCCCCUGAUUGAAGAUUGCUAGAAAAACAAUUUCGCUGGCUACUAUCCAUCUCCAGAAUCUGUAUCUGGCUUCAAUAGACUCUAUGAGAAUAUUGGAGGUCUUUAAGAUAAAUUCAUCAACUACUGGGAAUAUGUGUCUCAAUACUUUGCUAAUAACCAGUAUGUGCUUGGCUACGAUCCUAUUAAUGAACCAUUCCCUUCUAAUAUUCUUACUGAACCUUCCCUUGUCUACCAUCCAGGUAAAUUUGACGAAGAAAAGCUCCAGCCAUUGUACAAGAGAGCAUACGAGAAAUACUACAAAGCUGACAAGUCAAAGAUCAUGUUCUUUGAAUCAGCUGAAUUUCCAGAUGAAAUCGGCAUUCUCGGUGGAUUUGUUUUCCAUCUUGGUUUUACUGAGCCUCCUGGUGGUGCUAACAACUUGACCACAUAAGUACUCAAUGAUCAUUCAUACUGCUGCUAACUAUCUUCAGAUAUUUGUGCCACUGGAGAGCCAAGUCUAGAUAAAGCCAAAGAAUGCAGAGACUGGCAUGAAGAUAGAAUCAACACUAGAUCUGAGGAUGCUCAAAAAUACGGUAUCCCACUUUUCAUCUCAGAAUUCGGUGCUUGUCUAAAUUCCUCAUCCUGUGUUCAAGAAAUAAAGUCUCUUACAGAUGUGUGUGAUGAGCAUUUAGUUGGCUGGGCUUACUGGCAAUACAAGAACUUUGCUGAUCUGACCACUUCAGCAGGAACUGCUUCUGAAGGUUUCUUUAACAAUGACGGAACUCUCUAAGAUGCCAAAGUUAAGGCCUUAGCUAGAACUUAUCUAUAAUCAACUCAAGGAGUCUUGAAAAGUAUGAACUUCAAUACUGAAAAUGCAGACUUCUCAGCCUCAUUUGUAGCAGACACCAGCAUCACUCAACCAACAGUUAUCUACUGGUCUCAAGAAUUCUGGUAUCCUCAAGGAUUCUCUAUGAAACUUACUGAUUCAAAGGGGCAAGUUCUCGCUCUUGACACAGACUACAAACUUGAUCAGUCAACACCCAACUACACAAAGGUCUAGAUUAUCAAUUCAGCUCUUAACUAACAACUUAUCAGUCUUACUCUUCACGCUAAAUAUAUAGAGGCUGUUUCUGUUCAAGCUCUUAUCCAAUGA